GUGUACUUUGUGUGUGUUUGUGAGACAGUUUGUGUGUUUUCCAACCUUUGAUCGGUUCAGAACAAACAUGGCGUCUGUCAGCGGACAAACGAAGCAAUUCUUCUUCCUACGACUCCUCAUCGCUUCCAUCCCAGCAUGCACUGGGUUUCCUGGAGGAGGAGUGUUUGUGAGCAGACCUGAGGCCAGCGUUUUCCUGCGUCGCAGUCGGCGGGCUAACUUCCUGUUUGAGGAGCUGAAGAAAGGCAACCUGGAGCGAGAGUGUCUGGAGGAGAAAUGCUCCUACGAGGAGGCCAAGGAGAUCUUCGCUGUGCCGCAGCAGCUGGAAGUCUUCUGGAGGACGUACACAGCGGUGGACCACUGCCUGUCGUCUCCCUGUAAGAACGGAGCGACCUGCACUCGCCACAUCGACACCUACGUCUGCAAAUGUCCACCUGGUUUCCACGGAUACAACUGUGACAAAGUCCGUCUGACCUCCAACGGUUGUCGCUACAGAAAUGGAGGAUGUGAACAUUUCUGCAGAGAGCUCCCGGAUCGGUCUCACGUGUGUUUCUGCGCUCCGGGUUAUGGUCUGGAUCGGGACAACAGCACCUGCCAGCCUCAAGAUAAUGUGGCCUGUGGAAGACCUCUGAUGCACUUUACCCCCAGGGUUGUUAACGGGCAGAUCUGCCCCAAAGGACACUGUCCAUGGCAGGCUCUGCUAACUAAAGAUCAUGAGUAUACCUGCGGAGCGAUCGUCCUAUCAGAUCAGUGGAUUUUAACAGCAGCUCACUGCGUCUGGCAGAAUCCUGCCGCCCUCUACCACGUCAUUGUGGGUGAACAUGACCGAGAGGAGGAUGAGAAGACAGAGCAGCAGCGGCGGGUUGUCAAAGUGGUCAUCCACCAUAGUUACAACCAGUCCACCACCGACGCCGACCUGGCCAUGCUGAAGCUCCACCGCCCUAUCAAACUUGGACUCUACGUGGUUCCCAUUUGCCUUCCCGCGCAGAACACCACCUUCAGCCGCACACUGGCGACCAUCCGUCAUUCCACCGUGUCCGGUUGGGGCCGCCUGGCGCGGUUCGGCCCCCGAGCCAGGUUCCUCCAGCGCCUGGUGCUGCCUAGGGUCCCUCUGCAGGAGUGCCGCCUCCACACCAAGCUCAACAUCACCAGGAACAUGCUCUGCGCCGGGCUGAGGACCGGCGGCCAAGACGCCUGCCAGGGCGACAGCGGCGGCCCUCUGGUGACGCGCUACAAGAAAACCUGGUUCCUGACGGGCGUGGUGAGCUGGGGGAAAGGCUGCGCCAAUGAAAACCUGUAUGGUGUCUACACCAGAGUCAGCAACUUCCUGGACUGGAUCGAGGAUGUCAAGUCCACUGGCUGAAAUGGGUUCAAUACGGGGAUGUGACGGUUCUGAACCGAACCAGUAAACUCACAAAUAAUGUUAGAAAGUUAGAAUCCAGUAGAGCACAAAGCGAUAAUAAGUCCCGUAGAUGUUCCUCAGACAAUAUUAUUAAUGGUAGCAGUCACGUUUGAGUGGGUUGAAUACAGAUUCUUUAUUAAAGGUCCAGUGUGUAACAUUAAUGUAAUAUAAUAUUAAUAAGUAAGUGUUUCAUCAAAUGAAAAUAACUUUAGGACGUUUUUCGUGAGUUGUGCAGCGCUGUAGUUUCACGUGGCUCCACCUCUGGUGAGCUUGACCAGGGGUGGACAAUAAAAGCUGUGAAAUCACUACGACCCAACCCCCGAGCGUACAACAGUGCUAGUGACUACUAGAUAUUUGUUCUUAGCUUAAAGUUAUCGUCACUCUCACGUCGGGUUGUAAACAUCAUCCGUUGCCCUCAGAGGCACCACAUCCUAAAUCAGUAAAACUCAACUCACGCACCGGACAAGAACAUUUUCUAAUUGAGGAAAACAAUCGGAUUCACAGUGGGAAUGUAUUAUUUUAAAUGGAUGAGUAACUGUUCAGUAAUGAGCUUCAUGAACCUGUUUAAUGUUGGAUAAACUGUUUCACAUGUAACCAAAGCAAAGAGUUAAUUCAGUUAAUCUGAAAAUAAAAAAUUUAGAGUUA